AUGCCUACUGGGAAACAACAGGAAGAUGAGGCAAAGGCACUGAUAACCGCUGUGAUAGAAGAUACUGAUGACAAGUCAAUUGUAGCAUUUACAGAUGGCUCAUGUAGGGGCAACCCUGGACCCUGUGGCUCUGGAGCCUUUGUUUUCCUGCCAUAUGGGGAGACCAUAGAGCUGAAACAGCCAGUUUCCAAACACUCUUCAAUUCUUGUUGGUGAACUGGUUGCAAUUAAGAUUACGCUGGUCCUUGUCACAGAGGAAAUAAAAAAGCGGCAAAUCAAAAAAGUAAAGAUCCUGAGUGAUAGUCAGUCGGCAGUGGGAAUCCUGUCGCUAGGCUGGGAGAACAAUGCAUAUCCCCACCUUUGCUCCGAAAUACGUCAACUAUGGAGACAAGUGGAAGAAACUGGCUGCAAAAUAGACCUCCAGUGGACACCAGGGCAUGCUAACAUACAUGGGAAUGACAAAGCUGACACCCUUGCUAAAGAAGCGGCCAAGGAGGCUGAAGACAUGGAGGCAGAGGAGUUUGAUCAGCCAACCAGUCAGACAGAAAUACGUGCUGCAGCAUCGCUGGCUACCUGUGACAAAUGGCAACGCAGAUGGGAAAUUUCAGAAAGUGGGCGAACUCUCUUCCAGUAUCAACAGAAAGUCAAGCGUAACAAGGUAAACUUUGAUGGCCUACCGCAUCAAAGAAGCAUAUUGGCACUACAGAGUGGUUACUGCUUGAAGACUACAAUUACAAAGUUGGUUUGA